UUUGUAGCAACUUUAGGCAACCAUGACUAAAAAAAUAUUAAGCAGUAAGUCGGAUCAAUAUAAUGUUGAGGAAGAAAAUAAGAAAUCUCAAGAACAGACAAAAAGUGACGUACCUCCAGUAUCAUUUUUAAAAUUAUUUAGGUAUACAACAGCCUGUGAUAAGUUUUUCAUUUUUAUUGGAAUAUUAGGAUGUGGCGGUACCGGGGCAUUAACUCCACUCAAUACUUUAUUAUUUGGAGAUUUGCUUGGUUCUUUAGUUGAUUAUACCAAAACUAUUACAAAUAUUACCAACAGUUCACAAAUAGAUGAUGCCAAUAGUGAACUUAUGGACGCUAUUUCUCACUUUGCUGUAAUGAAUUCACUAAUUGGACUAGGAAUGUUUAUUUUAACAUAUGUAUCUAUAGAAACAUUCAACUAUACAGCUUUAAGACAGAUUUUGAAGAUUAGAUCACUAUAUUUAAGGAGUGUCCUAAACCAAGAUAUAUCAUGGUACGAUGUAAAUCAAACAGGAGAUUUUGCUAGUAGAAUGUCGGAGGAUUUAACAAAGCUUGAAGAUGGCAUUGGCGAAAAAAUUCCAAACUUUUUAAAUGCUCAGUUUGUAUUUAUCUCAUCUUUAAUAAUGGCCCUAGUUAAAGGCUGGGAAUUAUCACUUAUUUGUUUGACGUCUUUGCCACUUUCCAUGAUUGCCAUGGGAAUAAUACAGUUUAUAACAGCAAAAUAUGGUAAAAAUGAAUUAGAUGCUUAUGGUUCUGCAGGAGCAAUAGCUGAAGAAGUAUUGACCUCUAUUCGAACAGUAAUUGCCUUUGGAGGCCAAAAAUUAGAAGUGAAAAGAUAUAAUAAUAAAUUAGAAUAUGCAAAAAAGAACAAUAUUAGACGAGCUCAACUAUUUGCUACCGGAUUUGGAUUAUUAUGGUUUUUUAUUUAUGGUAGUUACGCUCUUGCUUUCUGGUAUGGGACCCAAUUAGUGGUUAAAUAUAUUAAAGGGGAUAAUAGUACUUACUCGCCUGCAACAAUGAUCACUGUAUUUUUUGCUGUUAUGACCGGCUCAAUGAAUUUUGGUUUCUCGUCACCGUUUAUAGAAGCUUUUGGUUUGGCAAAAGCUGCAGGCGCCAGAAUUUUCCAAGUAAUUGACAAUGAACCUGUUAUUAAUGCAUCCAAGAAAAAUGGUGAGAAAGUUGCUAACUUAAAAGGAAAUAUUAAAUUCACAAAUGUCAAAUUCCACUACCCCUCUAGAAAAGAAAUAUCCAUAUUGAAUGAUCUCUCUUUAGAGAUCAAUGCUGGAGAAACGGUAGCCCUAGUGGGAAGCUCGGGUUGCGGCAAAUCCACAGUGAUACAACUACUUCAAAGAUAUUAUGAUCCUAUAGAAGGAGAAGUAACAGUGGAUGGAAAAAAUUUGAAAAAUUUAGAUUUAACAUGGUUUAGAAAUCAUAUAGGAGUGGUGGGACAAGAACCAGUUUUGUUUGGUACUUCAAUUUUGGAAAAUAUUAAAUAUGGUAACCGAAAUGCUACGGAAGCACAAAUAACUGAAGCAGCAAAAAAAGCUAACGCACACGAAUUUAUAAAAGCUCUACCAAAUGGUUACAAUAGUUUGGUCGGUGAAAGAGGUACCCAAUUAUCAGGGGGACAGAAGCAAAGAAUAGCCAUUGCUAGAGCUCUAGUCAGAAAUCCAACUAUUUUACUUCUUGAUGAGGCUACAUCAGCUUUAGAUAAUAACAGUGAAGCAAAGGUUCAAAAAGCUAUCGAUUCUGUCAGUAAAGAAUGUACCACAAUUAUUAUUGCACAUCGUUUAUCAACUAUUAGAGGAGCCGAUAAAAUUAUUGUGAUGUCAAAGGGAAAAGUUGUGGAACAAGGUACUCAUGCUGAACUAAUGUCACUUAAAGGUGAAUAUUUCAAUUUGGUUACCGCUCAAGUACAAGGAACUGAACCCAUGACUCCGGACAUUGAUGAAGAUACCCAAUUAGUAGAAGAUCAAAAAAGAUCAUCCGUUAUAUCCAUAAAAAAAGAGGAAGAUAUUAUAUUUGAUGACAAUAUCGAACAAAAUGGUUCAAUAUGGCCAAUUUUGUAUAAAAACAAACCUGAAUGGUUACAACUCUUCUUGGGAUGUAUUGCAGCCUGCGUUAUGGGAAGUUCCAUGCCAUUAUUUGGUGUUAUUCUAGGAGAUGUUAUGGGUGCCUUAUCGAAACCGGUUGAUGAAAUUCAAGAUGCAACAAAUAUAUAUUGUGUUUAUUUUGCUGUAGCAGGUGUGAUAAGUGGAAUAGCUACAUUCUUACAAAUUUAUCUGUUUACUGAUGCUGGUGAAAAAUUAACUAAACGAAUUAGACACGAAAUGUUCGAUGUAAUGCUUAAGCAAGAAAUUGGAUUUUUUGAUAGAAAAGAAAACGGAGUAGGAGCACUUUGUGCUAGGCUUUCUUCGGAAGCUGCACAAGUUCAAGGGGCUACGGGACAACGUAUAGGUACAAUUGUCCAGUCAUUGGCUACUUUUGUUUUAGCAAUUGGUUUAUCAAUGUAUUACAAUUGGAAGUUGGGUUUUGUAGCUCUGGCUUUUACACCUGUAAUUUUAAUUUCCAUGUAUUUACAAAGAAAACAAUCUGCCGAUGAUGCAAAAGGAACUAAAAAUUCAGUUGAAAACUCAACAAAGAUUGCAGUGGAAGCUGUUUCAAAUAUUAGGACAGUCGUCUCUUUAUGCAGUGAGGACCAUUUCUACAUGCUGUAUAUGGCUGAGUUGGAGAAUCAUAAUAAAAAACAAUUACUGUAUAGUCAUGGAAGAUCUUUAGUAAUGGCCGUUUCCCGAAGCAUAAUGUUUUUUGCGUAUGCAGCCACUAUGUAUUAUGGAGGACAAUUAAUCAAAGACGGAUUAGAAUACACAAAUGUCUUUAAAGUUUCACAGACAUUGAUAAUGGGUACUAUGAGCAUUGCAAAUGCACUAGCUUUUACACCAAAUUUACAAAAAGGACUCAAGGCAAUUCAAAAAAUAAAUAUGUUGUUAAACAGAACACCAGCAAUAAUAGAUAGAGCAAAUGUCAAGGAAGUAGACCUAAAGGGAAACGUAAAAUUAUCUAAGAUAGAAUUUAACUACCCAACCAGACCAAAUAUAAAAAUUCUAAAAGGGUUAAACUUAGACAUAAUUCAAGGGAAAACUGUGGCUUUGGUAGGACCAAGUGGUUGUGGCAAAUCAACAAUCAUCCAGCUAAUCGAAAGAUUUUAUGACCCCCUAAGUGGAACUGUUUCUGCAGACGGAAACGAUUUAAAAACAAUUAAACUUGAGAACUUAAGAGCCCAGAUUGGUAUAGUUUCUCAAGAGCCAAAUCUAUUCAGCAGAACAAUUGCAGAAAAUAUAAAAUAUGGGGACAAUUCUCGGGAAGUUGAUAUCAGUGAAGUAAUAGAAUCAGCUAAAAAAUCAAAUAUACACGAAUUUAUUGCGACUCUUCCACUGGGUUAUGACACUAAACUAGGAGAAAAGGGUACUCAGUUAUCUGGUGGACAGAAACAAAGGAUAGCAAUUGCUCGAGCUUUAGUUCGUAAUCCCAAGAUACUUUUACUCGACGAAGCAACUAGUGCCUUGGAUACUGAAAGUGAAAAGGUCGUACAAGAAGCCUUAGAUAAAGCUAAGGAAGGAAGAACAUGUAUCACAAUCGCGCAUCGUUUGACUACAAUACAAGAUGCUGAUGUCAUAUGUGUAGUAAACGAGGGGGUCGUAGAGGAAAUGGGCAGACACGAAGAACUUCUUAGUCAAAGAGGACUUUAUUACAAAUUACAUUCGUUGCAAAAUAAAAAUAAGUGACUUUAGUUUUUAAGAAAUAACAUUGAAAUAAUUACGCUACAGCUUUGAAAAAAUAGUAAUUGCUUUAGCUUUUUAAUUGUUUUGUUUGUUUCCUGUGAACAAACUUCUAAUUCGAAACUUAUGACCCAUUUAUAAACAACUUUUUUAAAAUUGUAUACAAAAUGAUUAUUAUUAAUAUUUUCUGAAAAUGGGAAAAUAAACGUAGACACACUUUGUAUAUUUAUUUGAAUAGGUUUUUAUUUAUAAUUGUUACAAAAAAUAUUGUUUUUAUAAAAAAAAAUUAACAAAAUUUGAUGUUAAAAAUAAAAAUGUUUACUUAAUAUGAGGAAUUUCAACAUUCUACUCAAAAUCUGGGUUAAAAUUUCACUCAUUUUGGUCCAAAUUCUCCCAAAUUUUGAGUAGUAGACGCUCCAUAUUUUAUUUAUAUUAUUAAGUUAUUCGGUUAGGAUGGUCCUUUGAACGUCUUCAUAGAAUGUUCCAGGUAUGUCCUAUUGAGUUAAGGUCUUGAUUAGAGUAAAACAGUGUAUAGCACUAUUCCCAACGUCAGCAAAAUAAUAUUGUAUGUAGUCGUUUAUUUAGUAAAAAAUUUGCAUCUAUAAAAGGGACAUACUAUAUGGUACAACAAGUUCUUCUAGAAUGUUCAAAAUGAAAUGCUCAACAUUAAAGUUCCUAUUCUAACUACGCACUAGGAAUCAGAAGAUUUAAACAAAAUCACAUAAACAACAACAAGCUUAAUAUUUAUCACUUUCUUGUCUAAGUAGAUCAAGAUAAGUGAUAGAUAGGAAGGUGAUAAUUUUGUGGUUUUUACUAUUAAUAUAAAUAUAAAUUAUAUAUUUUAAUGUUUAAAUGUGUAUUUUUUUAAUUUUGUUGUUAUUUAUAGAAUGAUUAUAUAAUUAUUUAUUUUAUUAAA